GAAUACUUGAAGGUAGUGUUUGAUUGUGACAAGAAUUUCAAGGGACUUUGGAAGGCUGAGCGAAAAUGUCGAGACAUACUGCGGUAGCUAUAUGUUUCUGGAAAAGAAUUGUCCUACUGAUGGUCGGGUUAUGUUCACCAUCUAGGUACCUGAAUAGACGCGGAGACCCCCGAGCAAGAGCUCGAGAAACUCAUGUCUACUCCGUCUUUACGCCGGUGGGGAUCUUCGCUAUUACGAUACUCAGCGAUAUCGUGCCGUUUCUGGGUCCUUCUUCUAUUCGGCCACGACCGCUCGCCGGGGGACCCCGCGUGGUAUUGAUGUCGUCCACCUAGGUAGGCAAGAGCGAAGUCGGUUGUCAAGUGGAACGUGCACUCCGCCUGAGAUAAGGAAUCGGUGACCGUGGAGAAACCACCUUUGUGGAAGACCACGUAGAGACUGUU